AUGGCACCGCUCUUCAACACGGGUUUCGUGUUGUUACCCAUUAUAGUAUCGACACUACUUGGUCCCAUACCGGCCUUUGCGCAAAACGGAACGUGCGCAACUAAAGGAAAGCCCGCAGGCAGGGUUCUUCAGGGAUACUGGGAGAACUGGGACGGAGGGAAGAACGGCGUGCACCCCCCGUUUGGAUGGACUCCGAUCCAAGACGCCCAGAUCCGGCAGCAUGGCUACAAUGUGAUUAGCGCCGCCUUCCCCGUCAUCCUGCCUGACGGCACAGCCCUAUGGGAAGACGGCAUGGACGUCAAUGUCAAGGUCGCGACGCCGGCUGAAAUGUGCCAGGCCAAAGCGGCCGGUGCGACCAUCCUCAUGUCCAUCGGUGGCGCCGCCGCGGCCAUAGACCUGAGCUCGAGCACCGUUGCCGACAAGUUCAUCUCGACCAUUGUGCCCAUUUUGAAAAAGUACAACUUUGACGGCGUUGACAUUGAUAUCGAGGCCGGCCUAAGCGGCAGCGGCAGCAUCAACACACUGUCGGCCUCGCAGGCCAACCUGAUCCGCAUCAUUGACGGCAUCCUUGCGCAGAUGCCGUCCAACUUUGGCCUGACAAUGGCGCCAGAGACGGCAUACGUGACGGGGGGCAGCGUGACAUAUGGAUCCAUCUGGGGUGCCUAUCUUCCCAUCAUCAAAAAGUAUGCCGACAAUGGCCGGUUGUGGUGGCUCAACAUGCAGUACUACAACGGCGCCAUGUACGGAUGUUCAGGAGAUUCAUACGAGGCUGGCACAGUCAAAGGCUUCAUUGCCCAGACAGACUGCUUGAAUAAAGGACUCGUGAUCCAGGGCACCACCAUCCGGCUUCCUUACAGCAUGCAAGUCCCUGGUUUGCCUGCGCAGCCGGGCGCCGGUGGCGGAUACAUGUCGCCCAGUCUGGUUGGACAAGCAUUGGAUCAUUAUCAUGGCUCUCUCAAAGGCCUCAUGACAUGGUCUAUCAACUGGGACGGAUCCAAGGGCUGGACCUUUGGCGACAACUUGAAGCGGCGCCUCUGA